AUGUCAGAGCGCGAAAAAUUCUAUUACCCAAAUAGUAAAUUACUUAUGGGUGGUUAUCCAGCACGGCUGAAAAAAGUUUUAAUUGUGACAGCGCCUUUAUGGUUUAAAGCUCCUUUCAAAAUUCUACGACUUUUCGUGCGUGAAAAACUCCGUGAACGUGUCUUUACUGUUUCUGUGCCCACGUUGAGUUUGCAUAUACCACGCAAGGCAUUGCCUAUUCAUCUGGGCGGUACGCAAGAUAUAGAUCACGCCACAUGGUUGCUAUAUUGUCGCAAAUCGAUGACGAAUCGUGAAGACGAACUACUUGCCAAUAUUGGGCAACCGGCAAUAAAUUGCAACAGUGUCAGUGACUUUUCUGGCGAUAUCAUAACAAUAAAUAAUCACAUCACAAUUGGUACACCGAUAGUUGGUACAGAGCAAACAACGAAUGGUGAUUGCAUACAUUUAGGCACAGAGCUCAACGAAAAUAUAACAGUCAACGGUGUAAGCAAUAGUGUUACAUCACCCACAUCACCUAUCAAUAAUAAAAGCUCUUCAACAAUCGCUACCGGCACAACGCUAGUUGCUUCUUCAGCACAAUCAACUCCAUUAACAAACGGUGUUUGUAGAGGUUCUUCGACAGGUUUAACAGAAUUCUGGUCGGAGAACCCCCCCAGUAGUGCUUCUUCGGGUUUUAGUGAUGACGACAGUCUGGCGGGGCAGGAAGGAGAUCCAAAAACAAUUGAACAAAUUGUUCAUUUGGUUAAAGAACGAGGACGCGAUGGUCUAUUUAGGGAAUAUAUGGGAAAAGACUACGAAGACUACGAAGAACCACUGAUUUCACCAGUCCGAAGUCAUAAAAUGUACUGA